AUCGCAACGACCACCUGUCAAAACGCACCGCAAGAUACACCCUGAUAACCAUCACAAUUGCUCGAUAAACACUCAUGGUCAGCUUAACAUACUCGCUAGCCAGUUUCUUAUUGAAGCGAGCGUUGCCGGGGGGCGACCUCUACGACGAUGUUCCCGAUGUCUCCAUGCCGGUGGACGACAGCUUGGAGGAGACGGAUCCCGUGACGGAAGAGAUCUUCUCCAGCUGGGCGUUAUUCAUUUUGCUCUUCUUGCUCGGUGCGGCGCUCUGGUCCUCCUAUUUCUUGCAGCAGAGACGGAUCAAGGCUAUUCACGAAACCGUGUUGUCCAUCUUCUACGGGAUGGUUAUCGGGUUGAUCAUCCGGAUUUCCCCGGGGCACUACAUUCAGGAUGCAGUCAAGUUCAAGUCGUCUUACUUCUUCAACAUCCUCUUGCCGCCAAUCAUUUUGAACUCCGGGUAUGAGCUACACCAAGCAAACUUUUUCCGCAAUAUCGGCGCCAUCUUGACGUUUGCCAUUCCCGGGACGUUCAUCUCCGCGCUGGUAUUGGGAAUCAUUCUCUACAUUUGGACGUGGUUGGGCUUGGAAAAGAUUAGCUUGACCUUUUUGGACGCCUUGGCCGUGGGUGCGACGUUGUCCGCGACCGACCCUGUCACCAUCUUGUCCAUCUUCAACGCGUACAAGGUCGACCCCAAGUUGUACACCAUCAUCUUUGGCGAGUCGUUGCUCAACGACGCCAUCUCCAUCGUCAUGUUCGAGACGUGCCAGCAGUUCCACGGCAAGGCUAACGCCGGUGUAGGAUCCUUCUUCGAAGGUAUCGGAUUGUUUUUGAUGACCUUCACGAUCUCUUUGUUGAUCGGGGUGAUCGUCGGGGUGAUCGUGGCGCUUAUUCUCAAGCACUCGCACGUCCGCCGCUAUCCUCAGAUUGAAACCUGCUUGGUGUUGCUCUUUGCGUACGAGUCCUACUUCUUCUCCAAUGGCUGCCACAUGUCCGGGAUCGUCUCCUUGUUGUUUUGUGGCAUUACGUUGAAGCACUACGCGUACUAUAACAUGUCCAGACGCACGCAGAUUGCCACCAAGUACAUCUUCCAGUUACUCGCGCAGUUGUCUGAAAACUUCAUCUUCAUCUAUUUGGGCUUGUCGUUGUUCACGGAGGUGGAGUUAGUCUUCAAGCCAAUGUUGAUCAUUGUGACGUUCAUCUCGAUCUGUGUGGCUCGUUGGUGCGCCGUCUUCCCGUUGUCGCGGUUGAUGAACUGGGUGAUCAAGAAGAAGGCGGCUAGAAGAGGCAUCGUGUCGGUACCGGACGAGAUUCCGUACUCGUACCAGAUGAUGACUUUCUGGGCCGGCUUGAGAGGGGCCGUUGGGGUUGCGUUAGCAAUGGGGAUUCAAGGUGAGUUCAAAUCCACCUUGCUAGCCACUGUGUUGGUGGUGGUGGUUUUGACCGUCAUUCUCUUUGGGGGAACCACCGCAGGGAUGUUGGAGAUCUGCGGGAUCAAGACCGGCUGUGUCGAUGAAUCGGGCAAUAACUCCGACGAUGAGUUUGAUAUCGAGACGCCAAGGGUGUCUGUGCCACACAAGCGGAACGACGGUCCGCCAUCUCAACUUUACCGUGAUGGGUUCAGAUCCGGAAAUGCUUCCCAGACGUCCUUAGGCAACAGCGACAUCAUGUUGGACGACGAGAUUGCCAGUGACGACCUAACAGGGACGUCAUCCCGUGUCUCUGACGCGGCUGCCAACCUCACUUUCUCUGACUUGUUGACGUCCGAGGACCACGGGAAGUGGUUUACCCAGUUUGAUGAGCAGGUUUUGAAGCCUGUUUUGUUAGAUAGUCCCGCAAACCAAAACUAGACUCCCACCCCCUUCAUUUCACUUUAUAUCUAUCACCAAUUAGUCAUAUUCGGUACAUCAUAGACCAGAAUCUUCCAUAAAAUAAAACUGUAAGUCAUGGAACACUUUUAGCACUCGAGCCCCAAAUGCCCCAAACUUGAAAGACGCUGCCUGCGACACAAAAUCAAAACGGUAACUGAAAUUAUUGCGACA